AUGAUCCGCGUAGGUUUGCUUGCUUGCUAUGGUGGCCUGCUCACCAGCCUGGCCGCACCGAACUUCUCAUUGGCGCUUUCCCUUCGUUCUACCAGAGCAGUCUCUCAGGAGAGCCGUGCUGGCUCGACAUUAUUUCUGUCGAUUGAGCAGACGGCGCCCACAGCCGACGACAAAACUGAUGAAUGCCUGGCCAUCAUUAACGCCGUGAGGACGGAGACUGUCAAAGACCUAUUACAAGGCCUAACCAAGGCCCAAGAUGAAGAGGUGACGCAAAGCAUGAAAAAGUUAAAACCAGAGGAAGAGGGCAAUCCUACUGCCAAAACGAUUGCAGCAAAGCUUGCGGGCACGGAUGCAACUACCUGUGACUCGGCAGCCAAUGCAAACGCAGAAACGUACCCCGGCCUUGUUAUUCCAUUCUCGCACGACGCGAAAUUUGACUGCGGCGCUUUGAUCGAAGCAACCUAUACAGCUGGACUUAGCCACCUCAAGGAAUCUAGCUUCGACCCAUCGACAGGAAAAUACAAUGUUGCAGAAGCUCCCUUUAAUGACGUGGCGGCCAGCAAUGUCGCAUUUUUGAUGUCGAGCAAAAGCACAAAGGUAUCAUGUGCUGCCACCAAGGACUGCAAAGGAGGCCACAAUAUUUUAUUCUGCUACUUCAUAGAGCCACUACAAACUGGAGAUGCGCCUUUCACAACUGAGCUUUAUGAUGCUCUCUGGGAAAUGGAGACAGGCCCAGCGUCAACAUCAGUUCCCAGCGCUGCCACCGCUCUUUUGUCCCUCAUCGUGGUUCUUCUGACUCGACCUUGA